GUUUCACCGGGGAGCCAGACAACAUAUGACGCCCCGCUCCAUGUGACUUUUUUUUUUUACUGAAAUCGCGUUUGCUCGUUUUGAUGGGGAAAUUGUGCAAUUUUGUUAGACAGCGACACUGUUGCCCGUCCCUUGUGUCUCCAGGCGCACACACCAGUGUGGCUCUUUUAGCCGUGAUGUCAUCACGGUGAGGACUGUGGACACUGGUCUUUUACACUGGAAAACAAACCCAAAAUCCAGUCACUGUUACAGUCCCACUACAACUGAUUGACAGGCCACUAGAUGUCUGAUUGGUGACCGAGAAUCGAUUAGCGGGAGCACGCGCAGCACGCUGCGAGGUUUCAUCUUGUUUACAAAGACGGCUAAAAACACUGCUGAGCGGAGAAGGCAAGCCUCAUGAGUCGGCCUCGUGGUUUGCAUCGACAUAAUGGAUUUAACUAAAAUGGGUAUGAUCCAGCUCCAGAACCCCAACCACCCCACUGCCCUGCUGCAGAAGGCCAACCAGAUGCGUCUGGCCGGGACUCUGUGUGAUGUGGUCAUCAUGGUAGACAGCCAGGAGUUCCACGCUCACCGGACAGUGCUAGCCUGCACAAGCAAAAUGUUUGAGAUCCUCUUCCACCGCAGCAGCCAGCAUUACACCCUGGACUUUCUUUCACCAAAGACUUUUCAGCAGAUUUUGGAGUAUGCUUACACUGCCACGCUCCAGGCCAAGGUCGAGGACUUAGAUGACCUUCUGUAUGCAGCAGAGAUCCUGGAGAUUGAAUACCUGGAAGAGCAAUGCCUCAAGAUCCUGGAAACCAUCCAGUCCUCAGAUGAGAAUGACGUGGAGAUCAAUGUUAAUGACGGGAGCACGGAGGAGGAUGAUGAGCGCAAAGGCCACAAUGGAGCCAAGAACUUCAAAAAGCAUUCCAUGGAGAAUCCCUAUCAGUCAGGUACCCAGCAAGUCGCCAUCAUGGCUGGCAUGGUGGACCAGAGUCCCUCUGUGUCUACAUCCUUCGGUGUCUCUACCCUGAGCCCCACCAAAGCUGCUGUGGACAGCCUGAUGAGCAUUGGCCAGUCUCUGCUCCAGCAGGGCUUUGGGGGUGAGCAGCUCCACGGCAACUCCCACCACCUGAUGACUGAGAUCAAGACCGAAAUGAUGCAAGUGGACAUGGGUGGCAACGGCCAUAACAGCCCUCCAAACAUGGAGUCCAGUGCCUCCAGCAACGGAGAGCGAAGUGGGGAGGACAGGAACCGAGACGGUCCAGGAACACCAACCAGGAGCAGCGUAAUCACCAGUGCACGCGAGCUACAUCACGUCCGCGAUGACGGCAUGGGCGACCCUCAAGCUGAUAUCGGCCAGAUGGGGCUGGAAGCAAUGGCCGGAAUGGCGGAGAAACAUUUUGCCUCAAUGUACUCCCUACCUGUCAAUCAUAAAUCAGAUGGCAUCAUGUCCAUGCCGGCAUCCAUGGCCUCCGCUCUCCCCAUGUCCCCAGCCCUGGCCAUGUCUAUGGACUUCAGUGCCUACGGGGGACUCCUGCCUCAGAGCUUCAUCCAGAGAGAAUUCUUCAGCAAGCUCGGGGAGCUGGCAGUGGGCAUGAAACCAGACGGCAGGAACCAGCACGAACGAUGCAAUGUUUGCGGUGCAGAACUACCAGAUAACGAUUCUGUAGAGCAGCACAGGAAGAUGCACAGUGGAAUGAAGACCUACGGCUGUGAGCUGUGUGGAAAGAACUUCCUGGACAGCCUCCGUCUACGGAUGCAUUUGCUUUCUCAUUCAGCUGGUGAGAAGGCCAUAGUUUGUGACCAGUGUGGUGCCCAGUUCCAGACAGAGGAAUCCCUGGAGGCUCAUCGGCAGAUCCACACCGGCUCGGACAUGGCCAUCUUUUGCCUGCUUUGUGGGAAGCGUUUCCAGACCCAGACGGCACUGCAGCAGCACAUGGAAGUCCACGCCGGCGUUCGCAGCUACAUUUGCAGCGAAUGCAACCGGACUUUCCCCAGCCAUACUGCACUCAAGCGUCACCUACGCUCACACACAGCAGGGGACCAUCCAUUUGAGUGCGAGUUCUGCGGGAGCUGCUUCCGAGAUGAGAGCACGCUGAAGGGCCACAAACGCAUCCACACCGGGGAGAAGCCCUAUGAAUGUAACGGCUGUGGGAAGAAGUUCAGCCUCAAGCACCAGCUGGAAACCCACUACCGUGUGCACACAGGUGAGAAGCCAUUCGAGUGCAAGCUGUGCCACCAGCGAUCCAGGGACUACUCGGCCAUGAUCAAGCACCUGCGCACCCACAACGGCGCCUCGCCCUACCAAUGCACCAUCUGCCUGGAUUACUGCCCCAGCCUGUCGGCCAUGCAGAAGCACAUGAAAAACCACAAGCCCGAAGACGUCCCCCCAGACUGGCGCAUAGAGAAGACCUACCUGUACCUCUGCUAUGUCUGAGGCCACGGGAGUGAAUGAGGGAGA